GGUCGUUUUGACAUGUCUUCUUAUAAUGUUUAAUUUUUACGAUGCUUUGUGCAAUGAAAAUAAACAGACUAACCGGAAUUCCGAAAAUGAAAGUCAAGACACAAAACACAGUGAUGCAAAAACCUCAAGUACUAAAAUACUACCAUCAAAAGAAAUCAUUGUGCCAAUAUCUGGAAACAAAAAUGUUCUAACAAAUGACAAAAAUGAGCCCCGAGACGUAAAUAACAUACUUACCGAUAUAGCAUCCAUUGGUAAUAGUAAAAACAACACAAAAUCAAUUGAAAAAAUCAGACACUUGGUGAAUGAAAUAUCUAAGCAGAAUAAAAUUAAACACAAUGUUGAAAUAAAUGGUAUUAAAUGUUCGGAAAAACAACAACCUCCAAAAAUGUACAAUUCUAAUGUGAAAACAGAUUUGAGGUACAUUGAACCAAUAACUGACAUAGAAACAAAAGAAACGGUUGAGCAUGUUUGUCCUAAAAAUCCUACAAAAGUUAGUAAAAAUGACCAGCUAGUAACUGAAAAUGCAAAACUAGUUUUACCUAAAAAUAACAUUAUAAAGAAAGAAGCUGUUGAUUAUUCUAAACCUUUAAAACUUGUGAACAAUGAAAAACUCGUUACUAAGGAUGUAAAAAUACUGUUGAAACAUGUUGAACCAAGAAAUGAGACUACAAAAAAACAAACCGUCUACAAAAUAUAUGUUAAGAAACCGAAGCCAAUAUCGAAUGAAGAUAAUAAAGCAACAACUGAUAAUAGAGCUCAGAAAACAUUGGUAACAAAUACAAGGCGCGGAGGAGAUACAUCAGACCAUUAUGGUAACAAAGCAGGAACCAUGUCAAAAGAUCGCAAUAAAAUCGAAAUAAAAGAACAUAUUUAUGAAGAAGAAUUAGUAAAGCAGCCAAAUACUCAAGACUACCCAUGCAGCUGGUACAAUGGACAGAAUUAUAAUCAAAACGAUAGAAACAGAAACGUAUAUCUAGGAAACGAAGGUUAUGAUGGUAAUUAUUAUAUAAAUGACAUUAAUUAUCAAUUUCCUUCUCCAUGGUACUUUGGUGACAAUCAGAAAUACUAUACCAAUUCCUGUCCUUCAAAUCUGGAAAGCAGUGUCGUAAACACAGAUUGUACAAAAUAUACAAAAACUAUCCUUGAUAGACACACUUUAAUAAAUAUAAAACAAAAUAAAGAACUGCUUAAGAGUGUAAGCGAAAACAGAAAAGAUAUUAUACGGAUAGAAAGUCCUGAUUAUUACAAAAACUAUUACAGUGAGAUGCACACACAAUAUUAAAGUGACAAUAGAGUGGAGAA